GUAAUGGCUGCCACGUGGGAGCAGUUGACAAGUUUUCGGGUGGGAUGUUUUUGGUGAACUAACGUGAUUAACAGGCAGAUGCCGUCUGUCUCUAUCUUCUUAUUGGUACUAGGGUGUCAGUCUUGUAAUUUGCGAACAUGAACGAAGCCAAAGGACGAAGGAAAGACUCGCCUGCAAAGACGAAAGCGAAGGUCGAAGCGACGUCGAAAUCGGCCCCAGACUCGAACGGUGAACUUCACUCAAACGAAACUGUGACAGAAAGAGUGCCGGUGAGCACCGCGAAGAAAUGCGAAAACGCGACCUCGGAAGAUACAGAGCUAACUUCGUGGUUCAGCGUGAAUGACUUUUUUACUGUCAGCAUCGAACUGGACGCGGCUUCCGUGCUGCUGUUUAUUGCGGGAUUCAUCACACGGAUGUGGAGGCUAGAAGAACCACGGGGAAUAGUGUUUGAUGAAUUACACUAUGGAAAGUUUGCGAGCUUAUACAUGAAGAACACCUUCUUUUUCGACUCUCACCCACCACUGGGAAAACAACUUGUGGCACUGGCAGGUCACCUAGCUGGAUUUGAUGGAAAUGCACAGUUUGACAGGAUUGGUGGAGCGUAUGGACCGUCGGUUCCUCUGUGGUCCCUCCGUGCCGUACCGGCACUGUUUGGUGCCGUACAAGUACCCGUCAUGUAUCACCUCUCCUCGGUACUGGGGCUGGCUAAACCCGCGGCAGUGCUGGUGGCUGUCCUGGUGCUGUUUGAGAACUCUCUGCUUACCCAGUCUCGGUUCAUCCUCAUGGAGAGCAUGCUCAUGUGUUUCUUUACAAUUGGGCUGCUCUUUCUGCUCAAGUUCAGAAAGGAGAACCAGCUAAGGCCAUUCGGACCUAAGUGGUGGCUGUUUCUGAUUCUGGCCUCUGUCUUUUUGGCCUGUGCUUUGUGUGUCAAGUACAUCGGCAUCUUUGCCAUCUUCCUGGCAGUGUACAUCCUGGCACGAGACUUCUGGAGCAUGCUCGGUGACAAAUGCCUGUCUGAUGGUAUACUAUGGCUCCAUUUCCUAGCCCGCUUCACCGUGGUCACCGUAGUCACGUCGGCGAUUUACCUUGGGGUAUUUUACAUCCACCUGACCACUCUGGUCAAAGCCGGUCCUCAUGACAACGUUAUGACGAGUGCCUUCCAGGCCAGCCUCGAGGGUGGACUUGCAUCAAUAACCAAGGGCCAACCCCUGGAAGUGGUACACGGGUCGCAGAUCACACUGCGACACACGCACGGACGUGCAUGUUGGCUGCAUUCGCAUCCCCACGUGUACCCAAUCAAGUACCCUGAUGGUCGGGGCAGUUCCCACCAACAGCAGGUGUCAUGCUACAGCUUCAAGGACGUCAACAACUGGUGGAUAGUGAAACGUCCUAACGUGAAAGACAUUGUUGUGUCAGAUCCGCCUGACAAAAUCAAGCAUGGAGACAUUGUGCAACUCAUCCACGGGAUGACAAGUCGGGCACUCAACAGCCAUGAUGUUGCCUCCCCGUCGUCACCUCAGCACCAGGAGGUUUCGUGUUACAUCAACUAUAACAUCUCGUUUCCAGCGCAGAACCUGUGGCGUGUGGACAUCCUUAAUAAGGACACAGAAGGAGCUGUCUGGCACACGAUUCACUCCCAUGUACGGCUCAUCCACGUGAACACCUCCCAGGCCUUGAAAUUCAGUGGGAAGCAGUAUCCCGACUGGGGCUUUCACCAGCACGAGAUUGUGACGGAUCGCGUCAUCGACCAGGAUGACACACUGUGGAACGUCGAAGAGCAUCGCUACACCAAGAACGCUGACGAGAAGGAACGCGAACGGGACAUGGUGUCUGCCGAGUUCGUGCCGUUGCAGCCAACUCAUCUCAGCUUCUUCCAAAAGAUGUGGGAGUUACAGUACAAGAUGCUGAGCGUGAACCAGGAGAACGUCCAGGACCACGUUUACAGCUCGGAACCUGCUGAAUGGCCACUCAUGGCGCGAGGCAUUGCAUAUUGGGUCAGCACGACCAGCAACGCACAGAUUCACCUGAUAGGCAACCUGCCAAUCUGGUACACAGGAACGCUGUUCCUCGCUCUCUACCUGGCUGUCUUUGCCAUUUACAUCAUGAGACGGCACAGGUCUGUCUACGACAUCCCCAACGAUGUGUUUGAGAACUUUCGGUUCUGCGGGGAACUGUGCAUCGUGGGCUAUGCUCUACACUUGGUGCCAUACUUCUUUGCCGACCGUACGCUCUUCCUUCACCACUACCUUCCUGCUUUGCUCUUCAAAAUCAUCCUCAUUGGUGUUGUCGCGGAGCAUUUAGAUUAUCUCAUCUGCUCAGUUGCACGAAGGCCAUGGCUGAAGUACGGCUACUACACGGCCCUUGGUCUCUGGCUGGUUUACGUGGCCUAUGUCUUUUCAAAGUUCUGCGUCUUCUCGUAUGGCACCACCGCACUGUCUGCGCAGGCUGUGCUGGACCUGAAAUGGAAGCCUUCUUGGGACUUCAUAAUUCAUCGACCCUGAUCUCUCUAGGGGAUCAAUAUUAAUUGCGAUCGGGGCAUCUUUUGUGUCCCGUCUGUAAAUAGUGUUCACCACCUUCGAGGAAGCGUGGUCGUGCUUGUACAACGUGAAAGUACAUGUGCCUUUGAGGUGAAGAGGUCCUUGGGAAGGAACAUUGCAGGUGUGAUGCACAAAUCUUGUGGCGGAUGUUUUAAUACUCAUUUAUGAGCUUUGUCUUAAAGGAGCACUGAAGUGACCCACACUUUUUUUUAAAUUUCUUUCACUCUUCUUCAUUUUCUUUUUUUUUUUUUUGCCCUGCAGCAUGUUUUGCAACGAAUAAAAUGAGCUCCUGCGAAAGAAUCACGAGCGCAGGCGACCUACAGACUACGUUAAAUGUUACUGCAUUGCCCCUGUAAUGUUCAGUUGUUCAGGUCAGACUAUUUAUAUGACUCUAUUUAUAUUUAUCCCUCCCCCCUCUUUGGAAAGUCACCACAGAUGGGGGUCCUUUUAAUGUGCAUCGGAAUCUCCACACUUUCUGGUUUUCUGGAAAGAAAUUACAUGUAGACAGGCAAUUCUGUAAAGGCAAAGGUGCUACAAAAACAAAAAGUAAUAGCUUCGGACACUCUACAGCAUUAAAUCAAGCAAAUGAACCUUACCGAUGCACGCCUUGGCAACCUUACAGUAAGUUAGUUGGAAGAGAACAAAAGAGGAACGUCUAGUUGCGCUGUACGUGUUUUCAUGCUAAGUAGAGUGUGCUGUGGUACACUUUGAAUAAUCCAAUUUAGAAUUCACACAUUUCAGCUGUACCAGUGUGAAUCCUCUGAUAAAGCGAUAAUCGGAAGAUGGUGAUUUUGUUACAAGGAGCGUCUAUGUUAAUGGCAGUGACAGUAGGAACCUGUUAUUUGAGCAAGCGCUUCUGUGAGCUGUGUGUCUGACAACUAAAUACCCGUCUGAGAAGCAUUUAUUUAUUUUCUGUUUUUAUCUUUAAAUGUUUUUCGUGUUACAUUAAAGGAGCAGCUUUCAAUCAAUCAAAUAGAGUUUAUUGUUAAACGAACAAAAUACAUACAGUGCGUAUACAGAUGGAGGUCCUAUAGGUCCUAGCUUUAGAGCGCCAAGAUCUGGAAUACUUCCUAAGGCAUCAUCGAACAGUUACGUUACAUAAUGUUCAUGGUGUACCUUUUUUGUUUGUGUUUUUAUUCUAUUGUAACAGCAGAAGGUAAUAUACUAAGCAUUAGCUAAUGUAUCCUGUACUGUUACCAGAUCUAAGGAUAUUUUAUUGCUGUUACUACUUUCAGUCAUCCUUUUUGGGUGUCGGAGACGUUUUUUUUUUACUUAAAAUUGCACCUAAAGUGAUGUGACUUGUGGUGUUUUAGCCACAUGUACCAUUUACGUUUCGUCGAACGUUACACCGAACCUCGAUAUAACGAUGUUCACGGGGAUCGCGAUUUCUUUCGUUGUAUCGAAUAUUUCGUUGUACCGAAAUUGAUGAAAUUUUACGAAAAAAAAUUAUGCCGCGAAUUGUGAAGUGGCAAGCAACAUAAACGUAUUUUCGCAGUAGAAUCACGAUUGUACAAGCAUGGACGUUUUUUACUUAAAAUUGCACCUGAAGUGAUGUGACUUGUGGUGUUUUAGCCACAUGUACCAUUUACGUUUCGUCGAACGUUACACCGAACCUCGAUAUAACGAUGUUCACGGGGAUCGCGAUCUCUUUCGUUGUAUCGAAUAUUUCGUUGUACCGAAAUUGAUGAAAUUUGUAGAAAAAAAAAUUACGCCGCGAAUUGUGAAGUGGCAAGCAACAUAAACGUAUUUUCGCAGUAGAAUCACGAUUGUACAAGCAUGGACGUUUUUUUUUUUAAGUCCGCGCCGGAGCGCCUUAUACAUAACAGGCUUCGUUUUGGGAUAUGUAGCGCGAACACUUUGUGGGAUCUCUAUGAACGGCAAGACCAGACACACUGCCGUGCGAUUCGUGCGCAUCACUCUUGCUCGUACAGGAAACUGCACUCAACGAAUCGGAUGCGCCGUUGUCGGCCGCCUCCGUCUCCCUCUUCGGAUACACCGUCGCCGGCCGGCUGACGUCACACGCGGCACGGGCAACGCAAGCACGAUCGCUUGCGGUCACGGCAGAGACGAUCUUUCCGACCUUGCCGACGAAGGAUGGUUGAAGACAGAGACGGCAUAAACGCACUGCCAAAAUGAACACGCGCUGCGCUUGCGCCUUUUGCUUGUUUCUUUUACCUUUGGGCACGUGUUAGGGAUGUAUAGUAAAAGCUGUUUUGAGAACUUUCCUUUCUUUGUAUCGAAAUGCCGGCGAAAAACUCCUUCGUUCUAAUGGGAGUUAAAAUGCGUUGUUCCCGAGGGCGUGUCGACGGCGAAUGUCAAUUAUUUCGUUAUAUCGGGAAUUUCGUUGUAUCGCGUUUCGCUGUAACGAGGUUUUAUUUUAGUUACUGUUUUACUUUCAAGAAUGAUUGGCAUAUUCCGUGAAAUACACGCCAAUGUCUCGUAUGUGUUCCGCUAACGUCUAACAUAUUGAAUAUGUUUCUACAUCAUGUUUGUAAGUUUUGCCUUGUCUGUGACAAGGGCGUGAUUGUUACGUUCUUGUCGGGUGACAAAAUGAUAUGGAAUAAAUUGUUUUUCUCUUUCAUAAUCGG